AUGCCGCGGAAGGCGACUGAGGCAGUCGUUGAGGCGGACCCCCCGCGGCGUCCUCCGCCGCGCGAGGAGCAGGACGUGCGACGGCCCCUGCAACAAGGUGCGCACGUGGACACAACGCUCCCCAGCAGCGCGUACGAGACGCGUAUUGUGGACCAGCUGCAGCUGCUGCUCAACACCAGCCAGGUGGAUCAGCAGGAGUCUGUGAAAAUGGGGCGUAUCGCCGCCGGGGCCCUCUUCUUCCAUCAGGGCAUCCCAGUCGGACUCACAUUUGGCAUUCUUCUUAUCUCCUGCGUGUUAUACCCGUCAGUGCAGACCAUCGCGUGCACUGUGUUGUUUUUCGUCCUUUACGCAUUCUGCAUGGGCGUGCAGAUUUACUUGCUAUGGGCACGCAUCACCGAGAAGAAAAUGCAUACGGCCUGUGUUAUGCGUGAUGUGCUUGAGCGCUGGCGACAACGCAUAGCGGGGAUGAUGAAACUGCCACGCCAGAGCCCACAUGAACGGCGGGCCGCGUUUCUGGAGUCCACCGGCAUGUUGCCAGCAAAGGCGUUUCGUAUGGUGGCCGUCAUCGACGUGACCACAGGGCGAUUGAAGCACAUCCUCAAGUGUCUCCUGAUGCGGGGCACAAGACGCCUGGACGAGUCAAAGCUCUGCGCAUGGCCGUACACGGAGCCGGUUGGCCCGUGCAAACUUGUUGACGCCAUGGAAAUGACACUGAAGUCCGAUCCUAUUGUGCUGCGUCCGCUGCAAGACAAGCGUCGCCCGCCACGGCGCCCAGCCUCACAGCCUCUAGGCAGCAUAGGGGAGGGGGAGGAGGAGGAGGCCAACACGACGGAUGACAGCGAUCACGAGCGCGACCCACGCAAGGAGACGAUCGGCACCAACACGAACUCUGUCUCACAAAAGAUGGAGUUUCUGGUGCACCGUGUCUUUCUGCUUGUGUGGGUGCUUGGCAUGCUGCUGACGACUGCCGCUGGGCUCAUCUUCUGCGCCUGCGUUGGCGUCCCUGUUGGCGAGAACGUCUUUUUGUACCCCUCCGUUGCGCUGCUUGGGCUGCUUCCGGUAAACGCCAUUCUGCUGAGCCGUGCGCUUAUGCUGUACGCCAAUGUGUACCUGGAGCGACUCUUCAGUCACCUGGUGGCGAGACCCAUGUACGCCCUCGACGACCGUGUGCCGCGGUUUUCCUUUCUCUCCAUUUGGAAGUCGCUGUGGCAGGUCGUGCGUCAGCGCCCAGGCCGUCAUCUGCUCUGCUUCUCCUCCUCCAUUGUGGAGGUGCUGGGGACGGCCUCAGUUGUGGCGUUGCUGGACACGACCGGCGUGGUGACGGACAUGGUGCCGCUUCCCGCAGUCAUGCUGAUGUGCAAGCGUGACGAGCAGCUGGACGCCGCCUCGAGCUCGGAGGACGAGGGGGGCAACGUCGGCAGCGGCGCGACAAGUCACCCGCACGACGAUAAAGCGGCGGCGCCCGCGCGUUCCGCGUCACAUAGGCAAAGGCGUGAGAGGAGGCCAUGCGCGGGACGUAAAAAAGCGCAGAAUAGGCUCUUUUUUGAGCUGCAGUUGAUCCCUAGCCAGCGGGAGGACCUUGCUGUGCAGUUUGCCGACGAGCAGGAGCAGGAGGCGCGGGAGCGGAACGUGUCCCCUGUCGCCCACUGCUUGCUGCUGCACGCCCUUCUACCGGAGCCAGAAAACCUGGAGACCUGGACAGAGCGGUUUCGCUUUUGCGACCGAACCGUUCGCUGGGCGCGCAGCACCCAUUGGAUUGCGCGCGCCCACGACUUCGUGGACGACGUUGCCGACUCCUUCCGCGUACUCGCGCGCGUCUUUCAAAUCAACACGAAGGCGCGAACCGGCACCCGCAACGACUAUCCCGAGCAAUCCAGCACCCUCUUGGCGGUGGACGAGAAUGGCUUGCUGCACGCCUUUACGAUAGGCACUGUCCACAUGGUCGUCCACAACUGCUCCUACUACUUCACCGGCGCCUCUCUGGAGGCCUUGCGACCCGCGGCACGGGAUGAACUGCUGAAUACCGGGAGCAUUGUGUGGGAGGAUCGCAUGGGGCUUGAGACGGUGGCGGUGGCGCAUAUGAUGCUGCCAGAGAUGUACGUCGCCGUCGCAAGGAAACAUUUUCAGUGCGACGGGGAUGGUUAUGCGGAGUACUUCUUUUUCAACGGCGUGCGGGAGGGGGCGACGACGGGAGGUGGCGUGGGGCACUGCAGCUCCAGACUGCGGCAGCCUCAGGGGGAGGAGGGGGUGCGGCUACGAUCGCAAGACGCCGAGGAAACGGUAUUGCUGCAAUGCGACAAGCGCGGGCAGAAGAAACACCCACAGCGCCAAGAGGCAGAGGCAGAAGGAGAGGCCGUGAACCGCGGAACGAGUUCUACGACGACGCAGGCCGCUGUGGAUGGCAGCUCCUCGGCGGGAUCGGCUGGGGAGGGGGGCAAAAUGGCUUCUCCGGGCGGCGAAGGGAGUGACGCUGUGGAUGCCCCUGCCUCGCUUGAGAGUCUCCUCGAUCUUCUCGUGGGCAACUCCUUUGCGUUUCUCGCGUUUGUCGGCCUGCGCGACUCCAUUCGCCCCGACGUGGAGAACUCCAUGUCGCUUCUAGACGAGGCCGGCAUCCGCUGCAUGUACUUCUCCGCGGAGAACGAGCGCCGCACGAAGAGUUUUGGCAAUCGACUGGGGCUUGAGACGGACUGGAACUGCUGCAUCUCACUGAAGACGGGUGCGGUGGAGCUGGACCCGCACAGUAUUCGUGCGCAGCUGCCGGUUGGGAUUGACGCCAUCCGGAAGCACAUCUUACACGUGGACCCGAUUCCGCUUCAGGUGAAGAUGUUUUCGCACGCCCACAGCGUCUCCACGCGGGCGAUGCUUUCGAUUCUGCAGGACAACCACGACGUGGUUGUCUCCAUCGGCUCCCUCUUUAACCACGGGAACGUGCGCAGCUUCAUCCAGUCCGAUCUCUCGAUUGGCGUGCUGCCGACACGGCGCGGCCCGGUGGCGGACAAGGAGGAGGCGUACCUGCGGCAUCACCGCCGCAUUGUGGAGCCCUCCAACUUCCACGCGCGGAAAACGUUUAACCGGGACCUCCCGCUCUACCACAACGUGACGGACCUGCUUGCCUGCCCCUGCACCCUCUCGGCCUCCCCCACGCCGUCUGUUUUGCCGAUCGUCACAACCCUCAUCCGGCAGGCGCGACUUCGUCUCAGUGGCAUUGGCAACUGCGUGGAGUUCGUAUUGCACGCCAACUUCUUCGUGACCCUCGUGAACGCGGUCGCCCUCCUGACGGGCUCCCCGUUGCUCAUCAGCCCUACCGCCACCGUCUUUGAACUCAACGUCAUCAUCCCCAUCCUCGCACUCGCGUGCACGUAUACGGCGUCUGCGGAUAUUGAGCCCAUGAAGACGAUUCCCUCACGACAUAAUUAUUUUGUGCGACUUGCCAUCUUUCGCCACAGUGUGGUGGUGUGGUGCCUGCGCUACGUCCCCUCUUUGGUGGCGCUGCUGGUUCUCGGCAUCACCUGCGGCACACGCAUGUGCAACAGCAGUGUGGCGGGUUUGGCUCUGUCGGUAUCCGAUGCCUGCAUGAUCUCCACCCGAGGCUACAUUGCGCUGACGAUGAAUUACUGGCUUAUGAUUCACAGCUGGACGCACCUCAGCCGCCACCACCCGCUCUCGCCAAACUUCUCCUUCAAGGCCCGCUACGGCAGGCGAUCGAGCUACCUCUUCAAGUCCUUUCGUUGGGUCUUCGCGUGCGUCAUGUCGACCGUGUUGAGUGUGAUCUUUGUGGUAGUCAACACGGUGGGCGAUGGGGUCGCGCUUUGGGCCUUUUACCCUUCGCUGGCGCAUUUCCUGAUCUCCCUCCUCUUCCCGAUCCUGCUACUCUUGUUGGACGUGCCCAUUAAGACGUGGCGGCUGCGGCGCUACACGCUGAUGCAGAAGUUCCAGCGACUGUCGUUCGGCACACGGCUGGGGAUGCACUCGCCGCGGGGCGAUUACGAGCCGGAGGGGGUGACCUUCGCGAACGCCUCCGAGGAGGCUGUGCGGCAUGAGGACCGCAACCCGACGCUGAAGCAGCGCCUGCACGACGUGUUUUACCGCUUCACCACGAUGAAGCGAGGGGAGCUGGAGCUCAACUGCGUCUGCUGCGAUCACAUUGGGGGAAACUACGCGACGUACCACGUCAACGGGGCCGUGACGUGA